GGCGCAGCGCCAUGGACGCCUCGGCUUGUAUGAAGUCGCUGCUCCUGGCGGCUUCGCAAUACCGGGCUGCGCGCACCCAGCCAAACGCAGCGCUGUUGCAGCGGAGCCUGGAGAUCAUCUCUGGCUUAAAGCUGACAAAAUUCUUCGCAUCAAACCAGAUUUUACCAAGUGAAUGUCUGAGUUGUUUAGUAGAACUCAUUGAAGACCCAAAUAUAAGCCCUUCCUUAACUCUGAAUGUGGUAGGCUUGCUCUCUCAACUAGUUCUAGACAAUGAGACCAGAGAAGCCCUCCAGAAUACUUACAAUCUGUGUAGUGUUCUGGCAGGUGUAAUUCUUCGAAGUUCUGUCAAUCCAAUCGAGCCAGUAUUAUUACAGAGUAUUCAACUGCUACAGAAAUUGACAUACAAUUCAAGAGUAUUCCAUGUCAGUGCUAAUAUUGAUGAGUUAAUUUCAUUCCUUAUGCAUCGUAUUCAGUCUACAGAAGAUGGGCUAACUAUUCCAUGCCUAGGACUUAUGGCAAAUCUGUGUCGACACAAUCUAUCCAUUCAAGCACACAUGAAGUCAUUGCCUAACGUGAAGGGUUUCUAUCGCACUCUGAUCAGUUUCUUGGCCCACAGUAGUCUAACAAUGGUUGUAUUUGCACUUUCAAUAUUAUCAAGCCUUACAUUAAAUGAAGAAGUUGGAGAAAAGCUUUUCCAUUCCAGAAACAUUCAUCAGACUUUCCAGCUAAUAUUCAACAUACUUGUGAAUGGUGAUGGAACACUAACAAGAAAGUAUUCUGUUGAUCUGCUUAUGGAUCUUCUGAAGAAUCCCAAGAUUGCAGAUUAUCUUACCAAGUAUGAACAUUUUGCAUCCUGCCUCAAUCAAGUAUUAGGCCUCCUUCAUGGAAGGGACCCUGAUUCAUCAGCAAAGGUGUUAGAGUUACUACUUGCCUUCUGUCCAGUAACAGAACUCCGUCAUGUCUUGCGUCAAGCAGUAUUGGAACCAAAUAUGGCAAGCUGUGGAAGUACAAGAAUUGCAACUCGAUCUAAGCCUUCAGAGCCAUCUAUUGUCUUAGUACAUUGGUCAAACCAGCCUUUGGAAGCAUCUGAAAACUGCUCAACUCUUGCCUUGGAGCUGUUCAGGGAGAUAUUUGAGGACGUUAUUGAUACAGGCAACACUGCUAUGUCUGAGCGCUUUGUCGAUCUUCUUCUGCCUGUUCUUCUCGACCAUCUUCAUUUCCCAGAUCAUGCAUUAGAAGACCUGUUGGCAAAGAAGAAAUGUGAAAGAAUGAUCAAAGCUAUUGAUAUCUUGAUAACGCUUUGUGCCGAUGACAUGCUGAAAAUGCAUGUUACUAAGGUUCUAACAGCUAGCAAAUGUACAUCUUUAAUAGAGCACCAAUUUACAUGCAGUGGGAUUGACUUUGGCUUUGGGGCAAAGGUAAUUGACUCCGAACUGAGCAAGCUUGCUGCUGAUGUAAUCUUAAAAACACUGGAUCUUAUGAGCAAGCUUAAGCAGCUAGUGCCUAACAUGGAAGGCAGCUUUUACAAAAUUCUUCAGGAUCAGCGUUUGGUUACACCUUUGGCUUUUGCUUUAACGUCAGACCACAGAGAGCAAGUCCAGGCAGGACUUAAAAUACUGUUUGAAGCAGCACCAUUGCCAGAUUUUCCUGCUAUAGUGCUUGGUGAAAGCAUUGCAGCCAAUAAUUCUUACAGACAACAAGAAGCAGAGCAUGCAUCUAAAAGGAGCCACAUUCAAGCAUCCAUGACCUGUGUUAACUCAAUGAAGUGCUCUAUUGUUUGCCCUCAAAACGAUGCUGCUGCAACUCUCAAUAUUCAGGACCUGAUACAGAAACUCCAGUCUGGCCUGGAGAUGAAGGAUUCAGUCACAGAUGUAAGGGUAUCUGAAGUAAUGGAUGUCUAUGAGCAGAAACUGUCUGCAUUAGCAUCCAAAGAAACUAGGUUGCAAGACCUCUUGGAAGCAAAGGCACUGGCUCUUGCUCAAGCUGAUAGACUUAUUACCCAGUAUCGUUGCCAGAGGGCUCAAGCAGAGUCAGAGGCUAGGAUGCUUGCUUCCAUGUUGAAAGAUGCUGAACGAAAAAAUGAAGAUCUUGAGGCAUUAUUGAAAGCACAGCAGGUAGAAUCUGAACGGGCCCAAAGUGAUAUUGAACAACUCUUUCAACACAAUAGGAAGCUGCAGACAAUAGCAGAAGAACAUGAAAUACUAAAAAGAUCUUCCAUUGACCUUCUUCAAAAACAUGAAACCAUUGAAAAACAAUAUAAUGACCUCCAGCUAACAUGUAAUUCACUGAAUAAACAACUUGAAACUAGUAAGAGGUUGAAUGAAUCACUCAAGCAGCAGAAUGACAAAACUGUCACUCAAUUGCUAGAAGCAGAAGAGAGCAGAAAAGAAUUGCACAAACAGUUGCAAGAUAAAGAUGGAAAAAUAUCAAGUUUGCAACAGAAGGUAAAGGUUCAGGAAGAAAAAUUGAAAGCCAGAUAUAAGGAAAAAGCAGAUAUGGAAGAGACCGUAGACAUCCUAAGAAAAGAAUUGAGUAAAACAGAGCAGGCAAGAAAGGAACUGAGCAUUAAGGCAUCUUCCUUGGAAGUUCAGAAGUCACAGCUGGAAGGACGAUUGGAAGAAAAGGAGGCCUUAGUCAAACUCCAGCAAGAGGAGCUAAAUAAACAUUCUCAUAUGAUAGCAAUGAUACACAGCUUGAGUGGUGGUAAACUUAGCACAGAAGCCGUUAAUCUUAGUUUGUAGGAUUUGAUUACUUAGUGCUAUUUUUUCAAUAAAAUGAGCGAACCAAAAUUAAUGUAAGAUUUCAGUAUUGUUUUGUAAAAGAAAUUCCACUUUGACUUUUUCUUGAAGAUUUUGUGUCUUUUUACAGGAUACAAGCCAACUUCUAUCCGUGAUGGCACUAAUGUCCACAUAGCUAACAGCUGCUGUGGGGAGUCUUUUUUACCGGUUUAAUAAGUUUUGGGGUUGUUGUUUUUUAGAAUUUGGAAAAGAGGAGAGAGAGAUCUUUUUGGGGCACAUACUGUCACUAAUGAAAGAAGUUUGAUUAGUGUGGGUGGUGCACUACUUCUGGGCUGAUUUUAUAAGUAUGAAUUUUCAUGUCGGUUUUUAAUUCCGUGUAUAUAACAUUUUGUACAGAAAAAUCCAGGUGUCU